AACAAAAGUGAAAUGUAAACAGAACUUCGCGAACACCGCGAUUCGCGAAAUCUCAACGGGAAGUGAUCCGCGUCCGCGUCUAUACGGUACUUUGGUAUCGCCGGUUGCAUUUUGUUAUUCAAUAUCAGCAGUAUUAUGCCGUACUUAGAAAUAAUUAUAACCGUUCUUAUAUUAAAUCUUCAUAAGGGAUUUUCAAAUGAUAACAGUGCAAUGUGUAUGGCAAGAGAAUCAUGUUCUGAUGCGUCAGAGAAUGAACCAAAGUUAAAUUUCUAUAAGUCUGCUGACAAUAAGUAUAUAACUGAAAUCCAGAAAGCGUUAGCAUCGUACGAGCCUUGUACGCAAGCAAAUUGUUCGUGUCAUGCGGACGUCCUGAAGGCGGAUAUCCGCCCUUUCAGUAGCGGUAUCACCGAACGUAUGAUCGAAAGCGCUACCGCAUACGGCACAAAGUAUCAAAUUCUGGACCACAAAUUAUAUCGACAAAAGGAGUGCAUGUUUCCGGCACGAUGCUCUGGAAUUGAACAUUUCAUCAAACCAAACCUGCCCAUGUUACCGAAUAUGGAGCUGAUAAUAAACUGUCGGGACUGGCCACAGAUCAAUCGACACUGGAACCACCAGGAAAAGUUACCGGUAUUCUCCUUUAGCAAAACCGACGACUAUCUGGACAUCAUGUAUCCGACGUGGGGAUUUUGGGAGGGUGGUCCUGCGAUAUCGCUGUACCCAACUGGACUGGGACGAUGGGACCAGCACAGGGUUUCAAUCAAGAAGGCUGCUGAAUCAUGGACGUGGGAUAAGAAGAAAGGAAUUGGAUUUUUCAGAGGAUCAAGAACCUCCGAUGAGCGUGACCCGCUUGUUCUGCUUUCGCGCCGUAGACCUGAUUUGGUCGAUGCCCAGUACACGAAGAACCAAGCUUGGAAAUCCCCGCAGGAUACGUUGAAUGCCGAACCCGCGAGUGAGAUUCGCUUGGAAGAUCACUGCCAGUACAAGUACUUAUUCAACUUCCGGGGAGUAGCGGCCAGCUUUCGCUUCAAGCAUCUGUUUCUGUGCCGAUCGUUGGUCUUUCACGUGGGAAGCGAAUGGCAGGAGUUCUUCUACUCAUCGUUGAAACCGUGGGUGCACUAUGUUCCCGUGCGCGUCGGUGCCAGCCAGGAAGAGCUGGAGGAAUUGAUCAGAUUUUUCGCGGAGCAUGACCAACUGGCUCGGGAGAUAGCUGAUCGAGGUUUCGAGCAUGUCUGGAAACAUCUGAGAAUGAAGGACGUCGAGUGUUAUUGGAAACGACUGCUGCGGCGGUAUGGGAAAUUGACCAAGUAUGAGGUGAAGCGAGACCAUAGUUUGAUAAGAGUGAUCUAGGGAUUGUAUGCAUGUCUUAUGACUUGAAUUAAACAAAAACGAAUCUCAAAAUGAAACAAAUAAAAGACAAACACUCCAAACCAUGCA